CUGUUGUCCCCCAUGACUGGUAAAAACAUGCCUCACGUAUGGCUGAUCAUGAGCCAAAACAAUGAGGAGAAAUGUAACCAGUCUGGGUAUUCUAGGGUUGAUAGUAAGAGACAGAGACAGUAUCUUGUUUCCUUGUUCAUUCUUACGUGGUAGGUCCUGGGUAUGGGACAGUCAUUUUUCUUACUGCUCUCUCAGACCAACACAGAUUUACUGAAACCACAUUUCUGGGUUUUAACACAAUUCUGAGGAAAAAUUUGAAAGUCUGAAUCCAACGAUCUAAGAGCCUCUCAUGCUCCCAGAACUGAGAGCAGUGAUUGUGGGACCACAUAUGUCUGGGAUGCACUCAGUUGGAAACACCAUUCUAGGAAGAGAGGCCUUUAUAUCUGAGGGAAUCACUGCUCAGUGUGAGAAGAGAGAUGGAGGAGUGAGGGGGAGGAAAGUAACUCUGGUCAAAGCUCCAGGCUGGUGGAGGGAAUAUCAGUUGUGUGACACACCGGAACUUGUUAAGGAGGAACUUGUGUGCAUCUCUGUGCCACCCUGCACCCCAUGCUUUCAUACUCGUGGUUGAGGCUGACCGUCCGUUCACAGAAGCAUGCAGGAAAUCAGUAAAGGAACACCUGGAGCUUCUCAGUGAGAGAGUCUGGAGUUACACUCUUGUGCUGGUCACCUAUGGGGAUUGGCUGGGAGACACAAAAGCUAUAGCGCAGCACAUUGAGAGUGAAGGGGAGGCCCUCCAAUGGCUUGUUGAGAAAUGUGGGAACGCUUAUAGUAAUUGAUCAUGAAUUCCUCCUUCAGUGAGGUCAGAAAUCCUGGCAGGUGUUUUUUUGUGUUCUCCAUUUCCCAAUGCUGUCCUCCUGAUUGCCCCACUGGACACAUCUUUUACUGAGGAGCAAAGGAAGGUGACACAGGACAAUAUGAAGCUGCUUGGUGAGAAUAUCUGGAGACACACUAUAGUGAUUUUCACUUGGGGGGCUUGGCUGGGAGACACAACAACCAUUGAGCAGCACAUUGAGAGUGAAGGGGAGACCCUCCAGUGGCACAUUGAGAAAUGUGGGAACAGGUAUCAUGUCUUUCAGUGUAGGGGUAAAGACACUGACACUGAGGUCACAGAGCUGCUGGAGAAGAUAGAGGAGAUGGUGGCAGGAAAACCUUUCUUUAGCCUGAGUACUGAGACCCAGAGUCCAGUGGAGACAGAAAUCAGACCACAGUCAGAGGCCAAUGAGGAUGGAGCCACUGAGAAGAUUUCACAACUUCUCGACAAGGAAUGUGAUCGGAGAAACUGGGAGGGUCUGCUGGAAAUAGCAAAGCCAUCAACUCAACCAAUGCCAAAGAGAAAUAGAAGUCGGGAAGAAUCUGAAAACUUCAGAGACGAGCCACCCAUGAAGCUCUCAGGACUGAGUGAGAGCGGAAGAGACCAAACAUACACCUGGACUGGCAGAAGGGCAGCGACAAUGGAAGAUCCGAGGGAGGAACAGGGUACCAGCACAAGUGGUCAACACACAGACUUGAUGCAGUCGUUAGAUGCGGAGCUGAGAGACAGAUGGAGGGAACUGCGAGAGAUAGCCAUACUACAGAGUCAUUAUGCCAACUCAGAGCCUGGUACUAAAGAGCUUCAUACAUCCCAUCACAAAGUAUACUAUGCAUACAAUUCUAAUGUACACUGUCCUUAACAAACUGUUUA